AUGACUCCUAGGAUUACCAAGCGCCAACGGAACCGUAAUGCUGCGCCCUCAAUAAGCCAACUUACGACGUCUCUAAGCCUCCAGAAUUCGCAUGAACAAGACGGUGACAGCGACAGUGUCGGAUGCAGGAGCAGCUGGCUAUUUGAAGAAGGCACUUUUAUGGAACAAAUUGGCAAAAACAACAGUGUGAGUACAGAGUGCUGA